GUUCCUGGCUGAAGCGCUCGGGCGAGGGAACGAGAAGAGGCUUCUCGUGGAGUCGAGUGGCCCUCGUACGGAUCGCCCCCUCGCUCGCCCUCCUACCUUCUUGGCCGUCUUCUCUGAGCUUUCAGCCUCCUGGUGCUCGAGGGGGUCAUCCGAGGAGACUGGGUUCCUUCCGGUGGCCGCCGAGCAUCCCUCCGCGCGCGCAGGGGCUUUGCGGGGCGGCUUCGGCGCCCACGAGGCCCAGGCGUCCUUUUAACUCGGACCCUCCGACUCUCCCGGUGUCCGAAUCGCCCUCGAGCGCUUCUGCAUUCACUGCAGUCUUCCAAGUCCGCGCGCGCGCUCUCGCUCGCUCGCUCUCUUUUACCUGCUGCUCGGAAAACAAGAGGUCAGGCUAGCUUUAACCCUGGCAAGUCAGGCUUCCUUUGACCAGGGGAACCGGAAUUAACAUUUCUGCCCACCCACGCUUGAACGAAGCGAUCCUCUUGCCUGAACGUCCUGGCGGAGACUUCUCCCACUCCCUGAGCUCCAGGACCCUUGACUUUGCCCUUGGAUUCUUGCGAACCUUCCUUUGAUUGUCACCACCGCAGGAUUACCAACGACAGAGCAAGUAUCUGAUUUGUAAAGAACUUUUCCUCUGAACUCCUUUCAUCACCUAUGGCCAUACCACCCUGAACGUGCCCCAUCCCGUCUGAAUUUGUUUCAUCAUAUAUGCAACUGAGAAACCAAACCUUUUAGAUUACUGUUCCUGGACCAGAAAGAUGACAUCUAUUAUCAAGUUAACUACCCUCUCUGGGGUCCAAGAAGAGUCUGCACUGUGUUACCUUCUGCAGGUUGAUGAGUUUAGGUUUUUGUUGGACUGUGGCUGGGAUGAGCACUUUUCUAUGGACAUCAUUGAUUCCUUGAGGAAGCAUGUUCACCAGAUCGAUGCGGUGCUCCUUUCUCAUCCUGAUCCUCUCCAUCUUGGUGCUCUCCCAUACGCUGUGGGGAAGCUGGGUCUGAACUGUGCCAUCUAUGCCACCAUCCCUGUUUAUAAGAUGGGGCAGAUGUUCAUGUAUGAUCUUUACCAGUCUCGACACAAUACAGAAGAUUUUACUCUCUUCACAUUGGAUGAUGUGGAUGCAGCCUUUGAUAAAAUACAACAGCUAAAAUUCUCUCAGAUUGUAAAUUUGAAAGGUAAAGGACAUGGCUUGUCAAUCACACCUUUGCCUGCUGGUCAUAUGAUAGGUGGGACAAUAUGGAAAAUCGUCAAAGAUGGAGAAGAAGAAAUUGUUUAUGCUGUUGACUUCAACCACAAGAGGGAGAUCCACUUAAAUGGAUGUUCCCUGGAAAUGCUAAGCAGACCCUCCCUACUUAUCACAGAUUCAUUUAAUGCUACCUAUGUGCAGCCCAGACGGAAGCAGAGAGAUGAGCAGCUUCUGACAAAUGUCCUGGAAACUCUUCGAGGUGAUGGAAAUGUGUUAAUAGCUGUGGACACUGCGGGCAGAGUUUUGGAACUUGCUCAACUUCUUGAUCAGAUUUGGAGAACUAAAGACGCAGGAUUGGGUGUUUACUCCUUGGCACUCCUGAAUAAUGUCAGCUAUAACGUGGUGGAGUUCUCUAAGUCGCAGGUAGAAUGGAUGAGUGAUAAAUUGAUGAGAUGUUUCGAAGACAAAAGAAAUAACCCAUUUCAGUUCCGCCAUCUCUCUCUCUGCCAUGGUCUUUCCGACUUGGCUCGAGUCCCGAGUCCCAAAGUUGUACUUGCCAGCCAGCCUGACCUGGAGUGUGGAUUCUCCAGAGACCUCUUUAUUCAGUGGUGCCAGGACCCUAAGAACUCAAUCAUCCUAACGUACAGAACAACUCCUGGGACUUUAGCACGGUUCCUAAUUGAUAAUCCUUCUGAAAAAGUUACAGAAAUAGAGCUGAGGAAAAGGGUGAAGCUUGAAGGGAAGGAACUCGAGGAAUACUUGGAAAAAGAAAAACUAAAGAAAGAGGCUGCUAAAAAACUUGAGCAGUCAAAAGAGGCGGAUAUUGAUUCCAGUGAUGAGAGCGAUGUUGAGGAAGACAUUGAUCAGCCAUCAGCUCAUAAGACAAAGCAUGACCUCAUGAUGAAAGGUGAAGGUAGUCGGAAAGGAAGUUUCUUCAAACAGGCGAAAAAGUCGUACCCCAUGUUUCCUGCUCCAGAAGAAAGAAUUAAAUGGGAUGAAUAUGGCGAGAUAAUCAAACCAGAGGAUUUCUUAGUGCCAGAACUUCAAGCUACUGAAGAAGAAAAAAGCAAAUUAGAAUCGGGUUUGACGAAUGGAGAUGAGCCCAUGGAUCAGGAUUUAUCCGACGUUCCUACUAAGUGUAUCUCUACAACAGAGUCUAUUGAAAUCAAAGCCAGGGUUACUUACAUAGACUAUGAGGGACGCUCUGAUGGGGAUUCUAUGAAAAAAAUUAUCAAUCAGAUGAAACCACGACAGUUGAUCAUUGUCCACGGCCCUCCAGAGGCCAGUCAGGAUCUGGCUGAAUGCUGCCGCGCAUUUGGUGGGAAAGAUAUUAAAGUAUACAUGCCCAAGCUGCAUGAGACAGUUGAUGCCACGAGUGAAACACACAUCUACCAGGUGAGACUAAAAGACUCACUGGUUAGCUCCCUUCAGUUUUGUAAGGCAAAAGAUGCUGAACUAGCAUGGAUAGAUGGCGUCUUGGACAUGAGAGUUUCCAAAGUGGACACAGGUGUUAUUUUAGAAGAAGGGGAACUCAAGGAUGAUGGAGAAGAUGCAGAAAUGCAAGUGGAUGCUCCUUCAGAUUCCAGUGUAAUUGCACAGCAGAAGGCCAUGAAAAGUCUAUUUGGAGACGAUGAGAAAGAACUGGGUGAAGAAAGUGAGAUCAUCCCUACUCUGGAGCCCUUGCCUCCUCAUGAAGUUCCUGGACAUCAGUCAGUUUUUAUGAAUGAGCCAAGGCUGUCUGACUUCAAGCAAGUUCUUUUGCGGGAGGGGAUUCAAGCUGAAUUUGUAGGAGGUGUACUUGUUUGCAACAAUCAAGUAGCAGUCCGUAGAACGGAAACUGGACGCAUCGGAUUAGAAGGCUGCCUUUGUCAAGACUUUUAUAGGAUACGAGACCUUUUAUAUGAACAGUAUGCCAUUGUGUAAAGGACAUGAUGUCAAUGAGUAUCUGUCUGACCUUUCUGAGAAGGGUUCUUGUCUUAUACUAAGCUUUUGCUACUUUUUUUUUUUUUUUUUUGUAACAUACAAAAAGAAUCUGCCAGGAAAACAAAACAAAACAGUCAACAUGUAUUAGAUUUUGAAAGCUGUAAAUAGAAGGCUGGGGAUAUAGCUCGGUAGAGCUAUUGCCUAGCAUGUGCAUGGUCCUGGGCUCGAAGGUUUGAUCCCUAGUACCAUUUUUUUUUUUAAGAAAGAAAAUGUAAAAAAUCCAUUUUGCUAGUGUUCAGUUGAGCAGUGUACCUUUGGCUUGCAGUGAGAGAGAGGUCCUCACAGGCUGCAGAACUCAAGGUGAUUGGUUUCCUUCACAAAGACCCCUCACUCUCCAAGGGCUUUUUACUUGAAUAGAACAAUGCAACUUAGCAAACCAAUUCAUGGCCUUAGAGAAACAGGUUUGCAUAUACUCUUGCAAACAGUUUCUUAUAUUUUUCUUUUUGGUCUGGAAGAAAAGAAUUAGGGAAGACUGAAAAAAAAAUACAUAAAAACUGGUGAAAGUUUUUUUUGAAGCUUAUUUAAAAGCCACAAAAAAGCAUAUGUGCUAUGACUCCUGAAUACUAAUAUGCAGUUUUCUUCUGGGAAGCGGAUCUGCCCGUGCCCAUGUUGAGCGUGGUUUGCUCAAGUAUGAGGGAGUACCCAGUUAGUUGAGAAGCAGAUUUUCAUUUCUCCUGUUUAUUGUUUAUAAGAUCUCGUUACUGUUGAGUUUGAAUUAUAACCUCAUUCUUUAAAAUAUGUCAUCCAAAGAAACCUCAGAGCUGGCUACACAAGCCUUUAAUCCCAGUGUUCAGGAGGCCGGAGCAGGAGGAUCGUGAGCUGAGGGCCGGGGAGCUCAUAACUGAGACCCUGUCUCUAGCAGCCAGAGAGGGGGGGAAUUCAGAUGUGUUAAAAUUUUAUUGGUUCUGCAUAUAUUUUAUUUAGACACAUUUUAACUAUUGGCCAAAUUAUUCUAUUUGAUGCUGUUUAAUCUUCUGUUUUUAAGAAUACAAAUGUUGAACCUCACAUUUUGUAAAGUAAUAGUUAAUUUAAUUAAAAGGUAUAAAUGUC